AUUCACGCUGCUAGUACAGCUCUGCAAUUCGAUCUGCAGGGAAGAAGCACAUGAAUAAAUGGCAGAUUUGGAGCUCUGAUUUUCUAUCUGAGUCUCUAACUGUUGCUGCCACUUUGAUCUGGAUGUUGAAUCUUCGUUAUUGGUGUGUGGAUUGAACGUGGGACAAGGAUUUAGAGGUGGGUCUUCAAUCAUCUCCUAUCAGCGAUGGACAAGUCAAGCGCUUUGGAGUAUAUCAACCAGAUGUUUCCCAAUGAGGCAUCUCUAUCUGGUGUUGAGCCACUUAUGCAAAAGAUACAGAAUGAGAUUCGUACUGUUGAUGCUGGAAUUUUAUCAGCUGUUCGCCACCAGAGUAAUUCAAGGACUAAAGCCAAAGAAGAUCUUGCUGCUGCUACAACUGCCGUGGAGGAACUAAUGUAUAAGAUCCGAGAAAUAAAAACUAAAGCUGUACAAAGUGAAACAAUGGUUCAAGAAAUAUGUCGUGACAUUAAGAAACUGGAUUUUGCCAAGAAGCAUAUAACUACAACAAUUACUGCUCUUCACCGUCUUACUAUGCUUGUCUCUGCUGUUGAACAGCUUCAAGUUAUGGCUUCAAAACGUCAAUAUAAAGAGGCAGCUGCCCAGCUGGAGGCUGUGAACCAAUUAUGUAGUCACUUUGAAGCAUAUAGAGAUAUUCAUAAGAUCAUUGAACUCAGGGAGAAGUUUAAGAAUAUAAAGCAAAUUCUCAAAUCACAUGUAUUUUCUGAUUUCUCAAGCUUAGGUACUGGAAAGGAGACAGAAGAAACUAAUUUGCUUCAGCAGUUGUCUGAUGCAUGCUUAGUAGUUGAUGCAUUGGAGCCCUCUGUUAGGGAAGAGUUGGUGAAUAAUUUCUGCAGCCGGGAGCUUACAUCAUAUGAACAAAUUUUUGAAGGAGCUGAAUUAGCGAAGUUAGAUAAAACAGAACGAAGAUAUGCAUGGAUUAAACGCCGAAUGAGAUCAAAUGAAGACAUUUGGAAAAUCUUUCCCUCUUCAUGGCAUGUUUCUUACCGUCUCUGCAUCCUGUUUUGCAAAAAGACGAGGAAACAGCUUGAGGACAUUCUUGCUAAUCUGAAAGAAAAGCCAGAUGUUGGGACCCUGUUGCUGGCAUUACAGCGAACUUUAGAGUUUGAGGAUGAACUGGCUGAGAAAUUUGGGGGAGGCACACAAAGCAGGGAGAUGGGGAAUGAGAUUGAAGAAAUUGGAAGAGGAGGCAAUUCUAGCAGUAGUGCUUCAGAUAUCCGGAAGAAGUAUGAAAGGAAGCUUGCUGCACAUCAAGGAAGUGGCAAUGAGGAAAAAGAUGGGAGUAAAGAUUUGGCUGUGCCUGGAGCUGGGUUCAACUUUCGUGGAAUCAUUUCAUCUUGCUUUGAACCUCACUUGACAAUAUAUGUAGAAUUGGAAGAGAAGACACUGAUGGAAAAUCUAGAGAAGCUUGUUCAGGAAGAGACAUGGGAUACUGAGGAGGGAAGUCAGAAUAAUGUUUUAUCCAGUAGCAUGCAGUUGUUUCUUAUUAUCAAGAGAAGCUUGAAGAGAUGCAGUGCUUUAACAAAGAACCAGACACUUUUUAAUUUGUUCAAGGUUUUCUCAAGAAUUCUGAAAGCAUAUGCUACAAAACUCUUUACAAGACUACCCAAGGGGGGCACAGGAAUUGUUGCUGCAGCCACAGGCAUGGACGGACAGAUAAAGACAUCUGAUAGGGAUGAAAGGGUGAUUUGCUAUAUUGUUAAUUCGGCUGAAUAUUGCCACAAGACGGCUGGUGAACUGGCAGAAAGUGUAGCUAAAAUAAUUGAUCCUCAAUAUGCUGAUGGGAUAGAUAUGUCAGAAGUUCAGGAUGAAUUUUCAGCUGUUAUAACGAAAUCAUUAGUCACUCUAGUGCAUGGUCUGGAAACCAAAUUUGACAUCGAAAUGGCUGCAAUGACACGUGUUCCAUGGGGCACCCUUGAGAGUGUUGGUGAUCAAUCUGAGUAUGUUAAUGGCAUAAACAUGAUUCUAACCACUAGCAUUCCUGUACUUGGAAGCCUUCUUUCACCUGUCUACUUUCAGUUCUUUCUAGACAAGCUUGCAUCUUCUCUUGGUCCACGUUUUUAUUCUAAUAUCUUCAAAUGCAAGCAAAUAUCAGAAACAGGAGCUCAACAGAUGCUAUUGGAUACUCAAGCUGUCAAGACUAUCCUUCUAGAAAUUCCUUCCCUUGGUAGACAGACAUCAGGUGCUGCUAGUUAUUCAAAGUUUGUAAGUCGUGAGAUGAGUAAAGCGGAGGCCCUAUUGAAGGUUAUUCUCUCGCCUGUUGAUUCUGUAGCGGAUACAUACCGUGCAUUGCUACCUGAGGGUACACCCAUGGAGUUUCAGAGAAUACUGGAACUUAAGGGACUUAAAAAAGCUGAUCAACAAACUAUUCUUGAUGACUUCAACAAACAUGGGCCUGGAAUAAAGCAAACUCCGAUUCUACCGGCAGUUUCUCCAGCCGCCCCGGCCGCCCCUGCAGUGCUGAGUCCUAUUUCUGUUGGACUCAUGGGCUCUCGGGAGGAUGUGCUAACAAGGGCUGCUGCACUUGGACGAGGAGCUGCCACCACAGGGUUCAAGAGAUUCCUCGCUUUAACUGAAGCUGCCAAAGAUAGGAAGGACGGACCGUUCCGGAAAUUAUUUAAUCCAUAGGGAACAGCAUGUGAUAUAAACCUUAGUUUCUUUCAUUAGAAAAUUGGGGUGGAAAUCAAACCCCUUUGGUCAGUUAUAUUGUUCUAGCUUCUUUGGCUUGCUUUCUUCUCUCUGAUUCUUUAUGUAAUUCUAUUGUCCAUAUCUGUAUUUCCCUGAGUCUACUUGAAAGCGAUUUUGCCCUAACAAAUUGCACAUGUUUUCGUGGCUCGUCGAGGAGCUUUCGCCUGUUGCGCAAUGUUUGACGUUUUUUAUAAAUGGUAAAAAGUCAUGGCCAAUUGAUCCGAACGUUGAAAA